AGGCCAGGCAAACCUUUUUUACAAGAUGCCUAGAUGGAAAGUAGCUAAAAGUCAUUUGUUAAACCAUUAAUGAGAUUCCAAUUGAGUAAUACAAAGCCAUAAUUGCUGACCGGCACAUCAAUAACGACUUCUAUUACAUUUGGUUAUUAUAAUAAUCAUCUGAACCAUGCAAGCCAAAUAUCAAAGGGUCAUAUUCAUCAUAUGUCAGCGCCUCUCCAAAAUUGAUAAAUUCGUUACCGCUGAAAUACAGCAGAAAGCAGUGACCAAGACAAACUCUCACCUUUUAAAAAAGACUCUAUAUAUAGAAGCGAGCUGCAAGCUCCAUUGUCAUCAGCCUUUCUUCUCAUUUUCUCUAUCUACCUAGUGUAUUAACUUUGCUUUUUCUUUGACUAAUUAGUUAGCUUUCGUUUUCGUGAGUGAAUAGAAAAAUGGUUACAGCUGCAGUUAGAGCUCAUGCUAUGGUGAUGCUGCUGCUUUUGAGCUGCAGCGCAUGCCAAGCACAGCUUUCUUCUACAUUUUAUGCUAACACAUGCCCAAAUGCACUUGGCACCAUUCGCACAUCCAUCAGAUCCGCCAUUGCACGAGAACGUAGAAUGGCUGCAUCUCUAAUCCGCCUUCAUUUCCAUGAUUGCUUUGUUCAGGGUUGUGAUGCCUCAAUCUUACUAGACAAUUCCCCUUCAAUCACAAGUGAAAAGUUUGUGACUCAAAACAACAACUCUGUAAGAGGCUUUGAAGUCAUUGAUCAGGCAAAAUCUGCUGUGGAGAACGUAUGUCCUGGAGUUGUAUCUUGUGCAGACAUCCUUGCAGUUGCAGCCAGGGAUGCAUCUGAAUACGUAGGUGGCCCAUCUUGGACGGUGAAGCUUGGAAGGAGAGAUUCUACCACUGCAAGCGCAAGUCUGGCUAGCAGUCAACUUCCUCGUUUCACGGACAGCCUUCAAAGCCUUAUUCGUCUCUUUGGAAGCAAGGGCCUUAGUGAAAGAGACAUGGUUGCUUUGUCAGGUUCUCAUACAAUAGGACAAGCUCAAUGUGUUACAUUCCGGGAUAGGAUAUACAACAAUGCAAGUGACAUCGAUGCUGGAUUUGCUAGAAAACGUAGACGCCAUUGUCCGGUUACUUCUCCCAAUGGUAAUGGAAAUUUGGCACCACUUGAUCUGGUGACUCCUAAUUCCUUUGACAACAACUACUUCAAGAACCUGUUGCAAAAGAAAGGUCUUCUCCAGUCGGAUCAAGUCCUGUUUAGUGGUGGAUCCACAGAUAGCAUUGUCAACGCGUACAGCAGGAACCGUUCAACUUUCAGCUCUGAUUUCGCAUCUGCCAUGAUCAAAAUGGGAGAUAUCGAACCUCUAACGGGUUCAGCUGGGAUAAUAAGGAGGAUUUGUAGCGUUGUCAACUAGCUGAAUAUGCAUCUGAAAACCACAACUGUUACAAUAAUAUUGAAGUUCACCUGAUUAUCUCCCUAAAUUGGAGAUAUUUUUUGUCUUAUGUUUACUUCUCUCUUUAUGAGUUGUCUCUUAUUCUUUCGAGUACAAAGUAGUUGUAAUGCUUUCUUUCCUACCUCCAUAGUUGUACUGUGUCGCUUGUGAUCAAUAAACAAUAUCUGAAUUAAUUUACGUAUACUGGGACAGUAGCAAAAUCUCUCCCGACUAAGCAUUUUUUACUUCUUACAAAGUAAUGAAGCUUAUUAAUUGCAAUUCUCUGCUCGCUGAUCUAACGUAUAAGAUGGCAUGGAAAUUUUCAAACAGUUAACGCGUGAUGAAUUAGUCAUACAGACAAAAAUUAACUUCUAGCUCAUAUUAGUUACUCCAAUUGUCCAACAU